UGCGCCCCUAAACGACCCCCUAAACCGACAACUUCCCCGGAACUCGAACUUUAACCGGGCAUGACUUGGGACAUCCAGUGACGCAGCAAAAAGUAGCGACGGUACAACCAGAAGUAGCAACAACUCGCAAUACGGGAUCCUUGCCUGACUGGUGCCUGGACCACUUAUAGUUGGUCACCAAGACUGUCUUCAAGAUGUCAGAAAAUCAUCCAAGAAUUGAUAACAUAGAAAAUGAAAUGUGUAAUGACUGUGCCAGUCCAUAUCCAGUAAUUUUGACUGUAAAUUGUACUGAUUUACAUGAUAGUGACAGUUGCAGUCGCCCUGACAUGCCUGAGCUAGGGAUUCUUAAAGCCGUACAAGUUGAACCUGUACCAUUAGAUCUUCGGCAAGUUGGGGGAGCUGCUGCUUUGUUAAAGAUUCAGGCGAAUGAUCCGAUUCAUCCUGUUCCUAGUGAACCAGUGGACUCUUUAGUGGCUCCACCAUUGGAUGAUCACCUCACCAUUACAAGUCUUCAUACCAAAUCAACCUAUCCUCCAGCACAACUCGCAAUACCUGAUCAUCAGAAUCCCUCUGGUUCCAGUUUAGCAUUUGCUGUCUCUCGGGGUCUGGUGCACAAAGAACGUCUCCAUUCUAAUGAAAAGAAAUUCAAAUGUAACGAAUGUGGUCAAGCUUUUCUGGAAAAGUUUUGCCUAAUCAAGCACAGGCUGGUUCAUGUUGUCAGAAAACAAUUCAGGUGUGACAAGUGUCAUAGAACAUUCACUCAAAAGAAAAAGUUGAUGCAACAUAAGGGUAUUCAUGUUGGUGAUAUUUCAUAUGGUUGCAACCGGUGUGAUUUAACUUUCAGACGAAUUGAAAGUCGAAUCAUUCAUAAACAGGUUCAUACUGAUGAGAGAAGGUUUUUAUGUCAUCAGUGUGGUGAGGCAUUCAUGCUGUAUGGCAGCCUCGUCAAACAUCAGUGUUAUCAUGGAGAACUAGCCUUUCCAUUCAGAUGUGACCUCUGUAAUAGCACAUUCAAGAGGAGUUUGCAACUGAAACGCCAUAGGCGAACAUGUGUUGUCCACAACCCUGACCCAGAGUCUGAAUUUCCAUUCACAUCAGAGCCAACCGAUGACGCAGUUUUAUCCAACACUAAGCGAAUAAAACAUACCGCGAAAGGUAACGCAAAGAAGGGUAUUCAUACAAUAGAAAAGUUCAAAUGUGAAAAGUGUAUUAAAACGUUUACAAACACUUCAAAGUUUCUUCGACAUCAACGAGUUCACACCAACGACACGCCGUUUAAGUGUGACUUUUGUCAAGAAGCAUUCCGUGACUUUGAUACCUUGACCCAACACAGGCUUACUCAUAUAGGAGAAAAGGUUUUCUGUUGUGAAUACUGUGAAAAAACAUUCUCAGAUAAGAAACGUCUUUUAGUCCAUAAGCGUGCAUGCAGCCAUAAUAAAGCGACACCACGUUUUGUUUGUGAUCAUUGCGGGCAGGUAUUCGUACAACCAUCAUCGCUCAAGGCGCAUAAGCGCUCUCAUACUGGUGAAAAGCCUUUUAAAUGCACACAGUGUACGAGGUCGUUUGCUGCAAGGCGCUAUCUCACGGAUCAUGUAAGGUUGGUUCAUUCUGGAGAAAAACGGUGCAUGUGUGAUAUUUGUGGUAAAAUCUUUCCGAAGCGAGAUAAUCUUGUUCAGCAUAAAAACAUCCACACAGGAGAAAAACCUUAUAAGUGUGACCUAUGUGAUAGCUCUUGGGCGGCGAGGAGCAAUCUCUCGAAGCAUAAAAUGAAAAUGCAUUCCACCAAACCGAUGAAACCUAAGAAGAAACCUUAUACAUGUGACCAGUGUGAUAAAGCAUUUGUCAGUACACGUAAUCUUAUCAGCCAUCAACGUGUUCAUACAGGGGAAAGACCAUUUAGAUGUGACAUGUGUGAGAAAUCAUUCCCCCACAAAAGUACCUUGAAAUCACACAUGCUCCGCAUCCAUAUCAAGGAAAAACCAUUCGAGUGUGAUGAGUGCGAUAAGAAAUACGCCUACCAGAAAGAUCUCAAAAAACAUAAAAUUCUCCACUCGGGUCAUAGAUUUAAGUGUGAUCUGUGUGUAAAGGAAUUUACCACAAGCGCUGGUCUCUCGAGACAUCGGCAGCUCCAUUCAGGCCUGAAGCCCCAUCCAUGUAGUGUUUGUGGGAAGGCUUUUACGAGGAAAGCGGGCCUGCUUGAGCAUCAGAGACUUCACGAAGGGAAGAGACUAUUUGGAUGUGACGAAUGUGGCAAGACUUUCACUCAGGCUGGUGGGCUGAGGCAACAUAAACGAACCCAUUCAGCUCAGAAGACCUUCAUGCCCAUCUAAAAUGCUUGAUAUAUCUGUGGGGGGUUAGGUGCCGGUUCGUCCUGUAGCAUACGGUUAUCAGUAGUUGUAGAGAGGCCAAUUGUAUUGCAAGCGUUGUUGCUGAAAACAAGGCAGUGUUUGUAAGUUUUAGGGGUAUUCUGCUGCCUGAACUUUAAAAAGUGCCUGUUGAAAAUGCUGUUGAUUUUGAUCUUAAUGGGGAGUGUAAUGUGCACAGACAUUUGUGUAAUACUAAUACAUUCAGGAGCAAUGUACAUGUUCAUGUAAUUGAGAGAAAAAAGAAAUAAAAGAUUUUGUCAA